CCGUUAACUAACACACCGGCGUAAAGAAGCGGGCCAAGUUAUUCAUUGCGUCUAUCUCAACCUCCGCUCUCUCUCUCUAAAACCCAAAACCUCCUCCUCCUCCUCUCUCUCUCUCUCUAAAUCCCUAGAACCCCUUCGGCUCCGGCGAUGGCCGCCGGAGAAUGCGAGCAGGAGUACUUGAUGCUCAAAGAUGUCCGAAUAGACCUCAAUAGAGACGGAGUUUUUGGAGAGGAGGGGUUUGCGGGUUUCUCACUGUGCCUAUGGAUUUACUUAUCCAGUUCGGCUUGGCCUUCCUCUGUGAUUCUUGGGCAGGUCUCAUCAGAAAUUGAGGGCGAAGUUCCUUUCCUUGCACUAAACGAGCAAAACAAGUUGAUCCUCUUUCCAUUGAUGUUCUUGCACAGUGAAGCAUCAUUUGCGGGUAGCACCUUUCCAUGGUCUGAUAUCCAUCAUAUAACUUCUGAGAGUGAAUGCCCACUGGAGAGAUGGGUUCAUGUUGGAUGUAAGGCAACAGCAGACUACAUUUGCCUUUACCUAAAUGGGGAGCUUUCUGACAAUAUGCCUCUCUCUUCUUCAUCUGAUGAUCAUAAUCUUGAUAACUUCAAGAAAGUUGCUUUGGCUGGUAGCAGUGGAAAUGAUGGAAAGCUUCAGGGUUAUGUUUAUAAUGCUUCCAUGUUAUCUUUGUCAGCAUCCAUUAAAGAUGAUUUUGCUAAGAAUCCACCGGUAAAGUUAUCUCUUAAUGGUUCAUGCACUUCUGAUGCACUCGAAGUUGGCAAUGAUGGUGUUUGGAGCAUUGUUGGUGGAAAGGCUUCUUGUCGUAGGAAUUUUUCUCUUGAUGUUGUUCUAUCAGAUGCCGUUGGUCAGUUUGUACAUAAGGACAUGGAGAUAACCGCUUCACUUGUCUAUGCCGAUAAUGGAGCCCCUGUUGAGAAAACUCAAGAUAAUUCUUUUGCUCCACUUUUGGUAGGCUUUGAGGGGCUUGAAUACCCUUCGACAGAAAGACCAAUUGCAGUUUAUCUUGGUCAUGCAACUUUUAAGCUUAAAUUAUCACAGCUUUCCUCCAAGUCUGAUAAUAGGCUAUUCAGCAUAUGUUUCCGUGCAUCACAAACUAAAUGUUAUCCAUUUUUUGAAACGCGAUCCCCUCCAAUUCGUUGCAUAUCAAGAAGUCGUUGUAUUCGACCUGUUGUGAUUGGAAAAAGGCAGGCAUCAGCAUCUCCCAUUUGUGACAGAACUCAACUUCCAGGAAUCAAUGAUAGGUUUCAAGAAACACAUGAGAAAAUUGGAAUUGGUCAUGCCGAAAUAGUAAGUCAUAGGAAGCAGGCUAAUGGUCUAUCAUCUAAGCGUCCCAAAAUAAGCCCAGAUAAAUCAUCGAAGCAAGUCGAUGCAAAUGCGAACAUAGCACAGGAAGAGAAGGCAUUCAAGAUGAAUUCUGAAGCAAGGUCAAAUAAUUUGGAUGGAUCCGACAACUGUCCUUCUGACUCGGAAAGUAUUGAUGCUAGAAAUUCUGAAGUCAAAUGCAUAGGAGAAUCCAUAGAUCCUAUGUCCGAUAUGGUUAUAUUUAGAUAUUGCUUGGAAGGUACAUAUGAACGUUCCUUAUUACUUAAGGAGAUCAUAAAAUCUUCAAGCAAUGAAGAGUUGGUGACUUUUGCUGACCAGGUUUGCCUGUAUUCAGGAUGUUUACAUCAUAGGUACCCUAUAUUGAUAUCAAAAAAACUGGUUCAAGAGGGAAAUGAUACUUGGAAUUCGAUCUGUCAGAAUGGAAAUCGUGCCCUUUGGAUCACAGCAACUGUUGAGCUAAACAAAAGAUUCAUGAGCAUUUCACGGUCUACCACUCAUGGUUUAUCUGAAAAGGAUCUGGAGGUUUUGAGAGGAAUUGCUGGGUGUGGUGAGGAGCUGGGUCUGGAAAAUUUCAAUGCGAUGUGGCAGUGGUUAUACCCAGUGGCUGUUGCCUUGUCAGAUGUCCAAAUAAAUGGAAUGUGGGAGUGCACAUCGCCAAAAUGGAUAGAAGGAUUCAUCACAGUGGAAGAGGCUGAGAAGUCACUGAAGUGUCCAAGAGGAAUUCAGAAGCCAGGAACCUUUGUUCUUAGGUUUCCAACUUCUCGCAGCUGGCCUCACCCAGAUGCCGGCAGCCUGGUUGUUACCUAUAUUGGUGCUGACCUAACUAUUCACCAUAAACUUAUUUCCAUUGAUCACAGCAAGGAGAGUGGAGCAGAAUCGCUACAGAACUUACUUUUGAAGGAGCCGGAGUUGUCUCAAUUGGGAAGGGUUGUUAGGUGAGCAACUGCAGUCAGUGCAUAUUCAAUUGUUGUCUCAAUAAUACCUUCAGCAAAUUUAAUUGCAAUAGGAAUGAAUUCAAAAUUGUCACCCUACUCUCAGUGGCAAUUGCGUGCAAUUGCUUUGGAAGCCAAAGUUUUUGCAGUUGAGAAAUUUAUUUGUACAUUAGUAGGUAUGGAAGCUCCGAAUUAGGUGCAGCUCCAUCUUUUCAGUGUUGGCAAAUUAUUUUUUGUAGGGAUUUUCAUAUGAGGUACAAAAUCUUAUGUCAUAUCUGUCAAAUUCUGUCUGUAGGGAUUUUGCACCAAACCUUGACAUUUAAUUUUGUAAAUACAAAUUUUUGUUCACGAAUUUUACAUGCUUAAGAUUC